AUGGCUCAGAAGCACAGCAACCUCAUCCGCCUUAGCUCUCUCCAGGUAGGAGAUCUGCCGGAGCACACGGAAUUGCCGCUUUCCAACAACUCAAGGCCUGAAUUGGAGACGUUUUUCACGACCCUAGUCAACGACGGCCUUGCUUUUCUCUCCGCCAAGUCGCUAGCCGACAAUUUCUCUCAUCACUCGACAAAGCCAUCUUCUCCAUCCUCAUCUAAAGUUGAAGUCCUCACUUAUUCAAUCUCUGCCGCCGAGAUCGGGCAAAUUGAGUGGUCUGGUGGUAGGACUGUGGCGCGGAGCAAACCUCGAGCCCCAGAUUCCGAACACUGGUUUGCUAGAAAAAGCAUCCAUCCAGACAUCUCGAGCAAGAGCAUCGACAAGGCUGGAUCGGCCUGCUGGGACGAGUUUGUCUAUGGCCUCAGGGACAAUCACAGUGAGCAUGAAGCAAAGUUUGAUCCUUCUCUCUAUGAUGCCCGACCAGUACUGGAUUGGAACCGUGACUUAGGCCUGCUCAAGGCACGCGGGCAGCUUGGAUCCUUGAUGGAGCCGACGCUGGGAAUAUACGAGAUGUCACGUUCGAUUCCUGGGCCCUUGUCACCACGGGCAUUCUCCGUCCUGGUCGGCACCGCAAGCGUAGACGAGGAUUUGUUCAUUGCCGUGACAGUGCCGGUAAGCCUGAAUGCGAGUAUCGACAAUGCCCUUUACAGUGUAGGUCGGAAUAUUCAGGACGGCGAAACAGCGCAACAGAGGAAAGAAGUCGUCAUGGGCGUAUAUGCUGCAGUUGAGACGGUGAGGAGGGAUCGCACCAAGCAGGAAAUCGAAUGGAUCAUGGCCACCGCGUCUGAUGCAAGAGGGAAUUUGCCCAUGUGGUUGCAGCGUGUCAGUCUGCCGUCUCAACUGGUCAAAGACGUGGGGAAUUUUCUCAAAUGGAUACAAACGGUAGAUGAUAAGGAGAUGAAGAAGGAUGGGGAAUCUAAGGGGUCAAAGACAUGA